CAAUUUUCAGGUAAAACAAUGUCUGUCGAGGGUCUUCUCUCUGAGGUCAAGCACUUCAACGCUCAUCAUUUGGAUGCUGCUCUUGGAGAACAAUUGUUCUAUGGAGGGAAGCGUGUCUUCUCCGACGUUAAGCCAGGAACUUCUUCUGGUGGUGACCACGGAUGCAAGGGAGGAAAGAGCGAGCUCAAGGGAGCUAUCCACAAUGCCAAGCAUGCCGCUGAUAAGGCUUUGAACAAAGAAGGAGGAGAGGACGUCUCCAAGCUUCGCGAAGAGCACUCUGCUCUUGCCAAGAAGGUCGACGACUUGGCCAGUCUUGUCGCUGAGCUUCAACUUCAACUCUCGACUCUUCGCCAAGGACAGGUAAAUCAUCGUCGUCACGUUUUGAUUCUUGGCGACGGAAAUCUCUCGUUUUCCCUUGCCAUUGCGUCGUCAGAUCCGGAAACUGUAUACUUUGCAACUGUUUUUGAUUCGAAAGAACAGUUUUUGAAAAAAUACAACGCUCAUGACACGUUAAACGCUCUAGACGCUUUGAGCAAUGUGAUCCUAUGUUUUGGAGUUGACGCGACAGAUCUGCCGGUUCGCUGGAGCAACAUCUUUAACACGGUUAUCAUGAAUUUUCCACACCCUGGCGGUAAAACCAAUCUGAGAAAGAGUAAAAUUUUGCUCUCCGGAAUUUUUGCUUCCCUCAGAAGUAUUAUGGAUAGCCAAGCAGUAUUUCUUCUCAGUCUUGCCAUUGGACAGUCUGGGCUCGAGAAGGUCUCUGAUCCGUGGAUGAACGAGCUCCCAAGUCACAAAAAAGAUUCCUGGCAGGCAAUCUAUCUGGGCGCCGAGAAUGGCUUCAUUCUCGACAGUCUGGAGAGGUUCGAUACUGAUAGAUUCGCAUCUUAUAGAUCUUCCGGUUAUAAAGAGACUAAAAAAGGGUUCAAUAAUCGUGAAGGAUUGACAUUUUCCUUCAAAAAGUGUGAUAAUCAGCAGAAGUCUCUGCGCGAUUUUCAAUUGGCUGAGCCUCCGAGGAGUGGAAAGUUCAAGUUCAACUACUAUAGGCCCUUCUACGCCCAGGAUCUGUCGAUUUUGUUCAAAAUCGGUGAGAGCGAAGGAGAGAAGCUCGCCGUGGAGCUCGUAAAAUCGAUCGCUGGAAAUUGUUUAGCUGCGAUUUCUGAGAUUGAAUAUCUUCGAUCCAUCUGCCCAGAUCCGCCACUCCCAAAUAGGAUCUACAGAAUUAUAUGGCACGGCCUCGAGCUUCCGAUGGGACGUGAAAUGUGCUCCAGAAUCCAUGAAGAGCUAAGAAAUCGGAUUGCUGAGGAGAUUGUCGCCAAUAAUCUUCCACUGGUGCUCACCUGAAAGAUCUGCUCGUCUUCUGUUAAUUUAUUUGUUGUAUGUUAUUGUUAUGAAAAAAUAAUCGUUGAAAAA